AUGGUUAGUGAGAUAACUUCAUGUCAGAUUUCUUACUUUGAUAAGCAAGAUGUGAGGGUGUGGAUGCCUACUUCUACAGGCAAGUUUUCAAUUGAGUCAGCAAGGUCUACAGCUAGGCAACAUGGGCUUUUCUCUUUCAACUGUUGCUCUUAUUUGGAAGCAGCAGCAGAUGGGGUGUUAAAAUUAAACGUUGAUGGAUCUGCUAAAGGUUGUCCAGGGUGGUCUGGUGGUGGAGCUGUGCUGCAUAAUCAGAGUGGUCAGUUAAUUUUAGCAGCUUCCAAGUUCUAUGGAGUAGGCACGAAUAUGGCAGCUGAAAUUCGGGGCCUUGGUGGAUGGGUUGCAAUUAUAUCAUAA